AUGGCUUCUGCAGCUGAACAUACAAGCGAGAUACCGAUGGAAAAAGGAAGUAGUGAGGCGCAUAUCGAGUCCACCAAACAUGUCCAUACUAUUGAGAAUCUUCCGAAUCCAGAUGCUGGCCUUAAUGAAGAGGAGCGCGCUAUUCACGACAAGAAGCUAAUUCGAAAAAUCGACCUGCAUCUCAUCCCCUGGCUCUCCUUUCUGUACCUGAUCUCUUUUCUCGAUCGCACAAAUAUUGGCAAUGCAAAAGUCGACGGCCUACAGCAGGAUCUAGGCAUGACUGACAGCCAAUACAAUAACAGUCUCACCAUUUUCUUUGUCAGCUAUUCGGUAUUCGAGCCACUUACUAAUGUUCUACUGAAGAAAAUGAGGCCAAGUGUGUUUUUGCCUAUCAUCAUGCUUUGGUGGGGCUUAUGCAUGACUUGUAUGGGACUGGUUCACAACUAUGCAGGGCUUAUGACAGCUCGAUGGUGGCUGGGUGUAGCGGAAGCCGGACUAUUCCCUGGCGUUAACUACUACCUUAGCUGUUGGUAUAGGCGUUCAGAGUUCGGCGUACGUGCUGCCGUGUUCUUCUCAGCAGCAGCGCUUGCUGGCAGCUUUGGGGGGCUUCUAGCUGCAGGCAUUGCUCAGAUGGAUGGUGUUGGGGGGAAACCCGGUUGGGCAUGGAUAUUUAUACUUGAAGGCCUUGCCACAAUCUUGGUAGGGGUGGCUUCAUACUGGAUGGUCCAUGAUUUUCCAGCCGAAGCCACAUUCCUCAGUCCCGACGAUCGAGCCCGCGUCCUACGACGCCUCCGUGCCGACCAGCAGGCGUCGUCGAGCUAUGAAGAAUUCCAGGCGAAGUAUUUCUGGCAAUCGGUCAAAGAUUGGAAAACACUGGCCUUUGCUGUCAUUUACAUGGGAGCUGACGGCUCACUGUACGCAUUCAGUCUGUUCUUACCAUCUAUCAUUGCAGGCUUGGGCUACAAGUCUACAACAGCCAACCUGCUCUCCGUGCCUCCAUACGCAGUUGCUGCCAUGGUAACAGUGUUAGUCGGGUAUAUUGCAGACCGUACUCAACAGCGAGGCUACUGCAACAUAUUUAUAUCCAUUUUUGGCAUUGUAGGAUUCGCCAUGCUAAUUGCAUCUGGAAAUCCACAUGUACAGUAUGCAGGUACCUUUUUAGGCGCCAUUGGCAUUUAUCCCACAAUCGCAAACACAAUUUCCUGGUGCGCUAAUAACGUCGAAGGCGUGUACAAACGGGGCGUCACUCUUGGUUUUGUAAUUGGAUGGGGCAACAUUAAUGGUGUCGUAUCAUCGAACAUAUACCGCAGCAAAGAUAAACCGAGGUACUUUCUUGGCCACGGUGUAGUGCUAGCCUACCUUACGCUGUGGCUCUUAUUCGGGAGCAUCGUUACGCGUUUCUUAUUAUCUUGGGAAAAUAAGAAGAGGAGACAAGGGCGUAGGGAUCACUGGAUUGAGGGGAAGAGCGAGAGGGAGUUGGUGGAGAUGGGGGAUCAGAGGUCAGAUUUCUUGUACACAUUGUAA